GUUUUCGCCCUUAUAUCAUAGCAGCAGUCUAUGAUGAAGUGCCUGCUGCUUGCGUGCGAGAUAUAUAGAUACAAUGAGGACCGGAAACAUACCAAUAUCCGAAUGGAGAAACAGGGCAAUGGACAGCCCUCUUAAGGCCAAAUACUCUGCUUAUAAGGUGUUACUCUAACUACAAAGGGGGCAAACUAAUAAAGGGCAACAGAGUAUUCAGUGUCCAUAUUUUUUGGGCAUAUGCACGGCUAUCGACAAAAAACCAAGUUAAGGCUAAUUACUUUCUAAUUACUUUAUAAUUACUUUCGAGCUACCUUACCACUAGAUACCCCACUAUGCCCCUAUGUCAGUCUCUUCAUUGCUUUGCCUUUCCUCAAUCAAUCAACCACCUUAGGAAAAGAAAAAUAAAAAAAUGACCUCCCAGCACCUGCAGCAGACCAGCUUGAGACAUUGCAAGAUACAUAAUGACUUUUUUCUCAUGAAGAGAGAGAGUUUCUUGAAUUCUAAGGCCAAUGAAAUUACUUUCGAGCUACCUUAUUUAGUCUGUCUUUAUAGAAGAGGGGUGCGCGAACUAUAGGGUGGAAAAGCGCGAUAAGUAAUCAUGGGGCUACUUAAGAUCCAUAAAUAUUUUUAAGGAACUACAAAACUAUACACGCCCGCACCGAAGAGGACCAGUGAACCAGUCUGGAAGUGAAAAAGCAAAAGGAGUAUAUAGAUAGAAGAGUUUAAGUACCUGUCGAAUGUUAUCGGAUGUUGACCUUGGUGAGCUAGCACCCAUAAGCAAGGUCAACAACGCCGUUCCGAUCUCAUUGUGAGCACCUACCUUCCUCUUAUCACCAGGUGGGACCUUAUGUGGCAGAAGACAGAACUUUUACUCCGAGCGCUCUAAUGUUAGUAUCCUAGUACUAUCUUAGUUAUACUAUCUAGACCUACUUCAUUCCUAUCGCUCCUAAUUCUUUACCAUUCAACUCAAGUGACUCCUAACUUCUUAGCACAUACUUCUACUAUCCAAUUUUCAUCACUUCUACUGUAGUAUGUCCAACCACUCCCACACAAUUAGGGUCAUCCAACAAAAAAACAACACCAAACAGGGGAAAAAAUGAAAAUGUCCUCUCGCUGCACUCGUCUCAGUCCCGUAUGAGGAUUCUUUUCAUCUCAUGCAAAAAAGGUUAUUGACUAUCUAAGGUUCUGCAACUUAUUGGCACGAUGAAAACAACAAACUGAAAAGUUUUCAAUGAAAUCAAAAGGUUGCUUAUGCUGCCAACGCGAUUCUCCUGUUGCUGUAUGUGCUGGCGAUUGAUCCGGGGCUCACGGAGGCUAUUGGCUGUCCAGUACCGAUGCCAGUGACGACCUUACUUAUCCUUUAAGAAAGAUAUUGCCACUCUAUAUUUCUACUAGGUAGUGUAAUCAAGUGAUUCAAGCUUUUAUAAUUGUCACCUCUUAAUACUAGAGUGAAAGGAACGGUCGUGUCUCCUAGCCGCUGCUCCUGGAAAACGUCACGUGCAGUUUCAGCAUGAGGAAAGUCUGCGUUAUAUUUCUAAGCUCUGCUGAAUGUUGUCGCCAACGCUACCGCGUUCGGAGCCAUCUUUAUCCUCACAGGUACCUUUUGUUGUCCUAUACACAACUGUUGUUGACUUGUUGUGCUAUGUUUAUUUAUACACAACAGUGUAUGUGUAUUUCUAAUUCACUUAUCAUGCUAUUCACCAGUCACAUUUAUAGCUAGACUUAGCUUGUUGCCUCCCAAUGUAAUUUAUUUACAAUUCUGCACUUACAGUUACAGAAACAGCUUUUAGACCGGAAAAAACCAAAUUAGGUGAAUUGUUCCCGACAGCGAUACGUGGGACAGCUUUUGCCAGCAGCAACUUUGUCGGACGUGUUGGCAGUUUUUUAGCUCCGUCAUUACCUGAGCUUGUGCCGAAAACUUUUAUGCUGUCUUCGUUGCUAGUUGGUAGAGUAUUAAUCCUAGUAAAAUUUUUCAUCCAUCGUAUAGAUUCUAUUAGUUGCUGGUACCUACUAAUAGAGUUGUAAUGUUGAUGGGUAGGCGUAGGAGGUGUAAAUGUAGGUCUGCAUCAUGGUGCUCAUGUACUGUUUACCUCUCCGUUGUAGCUCUGCAUGCUCACAAGUACUGUUCUCAUCUCCGCUUAAUAUAAUCGAAGGCUACUUCUAUUUGUUCGUGCUGUCCCCUAUUCUCUUUCAUGUUGCUCCCGACAUCCGAGGUGACGGAAAACAGCCUCCUUGUGCUAGUCGUAGUCGCAGCAUUAUCCGCAGCUCUGAUGUGCACGCUGGAGGAGACGCGAGGGAAGUCGUUGUAACUAAGCUAUGCAGCGUCUCGGGUUUAUGUCGGGUCGGCACAGCGUCCGUGAAGUGUAAGACUUCUCUGCGCCCACCCCAGCUGGUGCGCUGGCCAUUUGGCCGAAGACUUCGGAAGUGGAAGAGACGCGGAGGAGGUCGUGGGCUCCAGGUGUAUAGGUGGAUGGAAAGGCAUCAGCAGAAGAAGAACGAGCUCAUCUAUUAGCUUCACUGCUGCUCUAGUAGAUGGGGACAGAUCAUACUGCAGGAGCCACUACCUAAUCUUAGUGGGCUUGUGUAGCAGUGUGCGAGCGGCUCUAGCACGAAUAUACUGUAGUUCCUUCAUCGCCUAUGCCUUUCACACCGUUACAGUACAUGCACGACUUCUGUGUGAAGAGACCCACGCCAUGCCAAUAUUGGAAGAUUGUAGAGGAGGAAGCGAGCACAGAGACGUUGAUUUCUAUGGCAAAUAGUACAAGCAGUAGGUUGUAGCUGUUUUUGUAUUUCGGUUGUAUAAUGUUGAUGUACAACGAGGAUUAGUUACGUGGAACGAAGAUGAUUUUUAUGCUUCUUUUUGUUGGUAUUUUGACUCCGUUUAGAUUUCCGAGAAGCCAAGCUACAUAAAGUUAGGACCUCCGGAAAUCACAGUGUUCUAAUUUGCGUUUGGCGAUUACAGUGGUGCGUGACUAUCAGUCUGUUAUAACGACAAAAAAGGUCGUUUUAGUUUUUGAAGGGACAAUUUAUUUUCAAGACAAAAGCAACAACUAUGGGAUAAAUAGUGGAAUUAGUUGGUAUUUAGUAUGAUCUAUGUUCACGUAGUUUUUUAGCUUUCACACUUCUGCUCAGAAGACUGUCACUGAAUUUGUGUUCCAAGAGAUACACUUGAUAUUUACGAUAUUUAAUGAUCGAAUUUUUGAUGAUUUCUUGAAUUGAGCAGACGGAGUCUAUGUACUCAGCAUCUAUGCACUCUGUAUCGCUUGUAUAUGUGGACGAUGAACAGGACCGCGUCAGCACAACUCUAACGCUUAUUUCGUGCUAGAGAGGAAUAAGGGAGUCCCCUUUCAUUCCUAGUCGCCGAUAGAAACAUGUGGCAUAGAAAGACGCGUGCUAUAGGAAGAUGCUUCUUUUCUUCUACUUCUUCCUUUCCCCUACUAGACACGAAGCACCACCCAGCACGUGCUCGUGAAUCCUCCAAAGCGCAUGCCGAUCUUCUCGUGUCGGACAAAUUUAUCCACUUAUCGUCCCAUGAAUCCGACAAAGUAAAAGCUGCUUGUUGUUCUGCUCGAAAAUAC